AUAUAAAUACUAAUUCCCUUAGGAUUCACAAAACCCUAGCGGCGCGACAUCAGAGCCUCUUACGAUUAGGGUUUCAGACUCCCAUCUCCAGAUUCUUCAAGCAUGGCGGAUGUCGAAGUUGAUGUGGCCCCAGGAGUGCCGAAGAAGAGAACGUUCAAGAAGUUCAGCUUCAGGGGUGUCGAUUUGGAUGCACUUCUCGACAUGUCCACUGAUGAGCUUGUCAAGCUCUUUCCCGCCCGUGCUAGAAGAAGGUUCCAGAGGGGACUGAAGCGAAAGCCCAUGGCCUUGAUCAAGAAGCUUCGCAAGGCGAAACGUGAGGCACCACCUGGUGAGAAGCCAGAACCAGUCAGAACCCAUCUGCGCAAUAUGAUCAUUGUACCUGAAAUGAUUGGAAGCAUUACAGGCGUGUACAAUGGGAAGACCUUCAAUCAGGUUGAAAUCAAACCGGAAAUGAUUGGGCAUUAUUUGGCUGAGUUCUCAAUCUCAUACAAGCCAGUGAAGCACGGAAGACCUGGUAUUGGUGCCACCCACUCAUCUAGGUUCAUUCCUCUCAAGUGAGAUCUUUACCAGCAACCUAGACAUUUAAGUUUGUCAUUUUCAAGAAGCAGCUUUGUUGAUCAAACUUUUACAGGUCCCUGCCAGUUUUGCUUGUUUAGUAUUUUUGCAAUGGAACUCGUUAUUUAGAUGAUGCUUAUUUCAAAGAUUUCAUAGUUUUGAGAAUGUGACGCUGAUGAUGGAUCAAUUUUUGAUUUGGUCAUUGUUUAAAUGAGUGCACAAGGAUAUUAUUUGUUUGCCCUAUAUAAGGUUAGGCUUGGAUCC